CACGCCCUUGUCUGCGACUGGAGGGACUGUGUGUGUGAGCAGCAGGUCCCAGAAACAUCAUCAUGAGCGGGAUGCAGAGCUCAGUAAGGCGGCGAUGUAACCCUGUUCAGGGUUCUCCAAUGCGAUUCAGUUCUGCUCAGUCUGAUGAGUGCAAGGACUCUCGAUUCCACCUGGACCUUUGGUUCUAUUUUACUUUGCAGAACUGGCUCCUGGAUUUCGGCCGUCCAAUUGUCAUGCUCGUUCUCCCGCUGGAUUGGUUCCCCCUCAAUAAACCAAGCGCGGGGGAUUAUUUUCACAUGGCAUAUAACAUCAUCACACCACUGCUGCUCCUUAAGUUGAUAGAGAGGUCUCCUAAGACCCUUCCUAAUUCUGUCAUAUACAUAAGCAUCAUAACGUUUGUGAUGGGCGCAAGUAUUCACCUAGUGGGUGAUUCUGUGAACCACAGACUGAUCUUCAGUGGAUACCAGCACCACUUGUCUGUAAGGGAUAACCCAAUAAUACAGAACUUGCAACCUCCAACCCUAAUUGAUUCCUUUGAGUUGCUCUACUACUAUGAUGAGUAUCUGGGCCAUUCCAUGUGGUAUAUUCCUUUUUUCCUUAUUUUGUUCAUUUACUUUACUGGUUGUUUCACACCGGGAAAAGAAGAAUGCAGUAUGCCACUCUCAGCCUGGACACUGCUUGCACCAAGCAGCCUGUACUACUGGUACCUGGUGACUGAGGGACAAAUCUUCAUCAUCUUUAUAUUCACAUUUUUUGCAAUGCUAGCAAUUAUCCUGCACCAGAAGCGCAAGGGUCUACGUCUGGACAGCAAUGGUCUAUUCUUGCUCCUUUCCUUCUCUGUUACUUUGCUUCUCAUUGCUGUGUGGAUCGUCUGGCUUUGGAAUGACCCGAUAUUACGCAAGAAAUACCCUGGAGUUAUUUACAUCCCUGAGCCUUGGGCCUUUUAUACCCUACACAUAAACAGCCUGCACUGAGAGGCUAGGGUACAAACCUGUUCUUCUUUCCUUGGAGACUCUAUUGUCCCUCUGAUGGAGACUGAAAAGACUGCAUGUCCUCUGCUCUAUUCCUUUAGUCAUAUAAUUAUAUAGUCAAAUAUUUGUUUUACUAGAUUAUUUUAUCUGCUUAAUGGGACAUGAAAUGCAAAAUUUAAUUUCCCAUAAAAUAUUUAUACAUAGUAAAAAAUAUUUGCUAUUUACUCUCAAUAAUUUAUUUUUAUUUCAUUUUAUGAUAAUUACCUUUUGAAAAUUCUUUAUUUUUUUAACUGCUUCCAUAAAGGCUGGUGUGCCUCCUGCAAACUUCA